UUUGUUUCUUACAGCUACGUUUGAGAGGUCUGAGUAAACAGGGUGAAAUAGGUUUGCUAUCAUUAUUUGAGCAUUACCAGUCUUGUAAGGUAUAGGGGAAGGUAUUUAGGGUGUAGCUAUGCACUCAUUUACCACACCUGUACACACGGAUGGGUACACCCAUCACACCCACCCUCCCCCCACAGGUUGGGAGUAAUUACAAGGACCCGGCUGUCUAUCCUAUAUGGGUGAUCUGCAGCGAGAGCCACUUCUCAGUGCUGUUCUCUCAUGAGAGAUUGCUCCUUGAGAAUCCACUGCAAAAGAGAUUUGACCUACACUACUUCGAUGGUUUGGCUAACCAGGACGAGGUCAUACGACUGACUAUAGACAAUGCAGAGGGAAGAGAGUCGUUGGUGGAGGAUGGAUUGACCCCACCAUUGGAGCUCUGCAUUCGGACUAAGUGGAAGAGUGUCACUGUGAGCUGGAAUGGAUCUGAACCAAUUUUGUAGUUAAUAUGUUUUUGCUAGUUUGUAUAAUUCAUGCAUAAUUAUGAUAAUGUGUGUGUGCAGUA